CAGUAACUUAUGUUUCAAUUCCCCGCGGGCCACAUCGAUUUCCGUCGGAAAUGGCGCACCCUGCAAAACGGUCAAGGUAUGAUGUUCUUGCCGCAGCUACCGCUCAGUUCUACAACACUACAGGGACAGUACCGGGAAGCCUUCACCUGGCAACUGAUAUCUCCUACCUAGUUACUAAUCAACCGAGUUGCACUAUUGUCGUUGCAGACAUCCCGGAAGGUUGUACAGAAAGGGAUUUGAUCGGUCUUUUCAGCAGAUACGGGCAGAUUAAAAAUGCCAAGCUGGUAUGCAGUGGUCGAGCUGCUCUUGUUGAGUUUUGUGAAAUUUCUCCUCCCACUAGACUUGUCCACAUGGCGAAAAUCAACCCUUUUUGUGUCGGUCCGAAUCGCGUUAGGUUGGAAUUUUCUUCCGAAACAAUUACUCCUGUAAUUGACCGCAAACAUCAAUCACAGUCUUCAGCCUUGGACAACAAUGCCCCUACACGCAUUCUUCAUUUAGAUAUUUCAAAUGCUGAAUACCCAAUAACUGUCGAUGUAAUAAAGGCAAUCUGUUCUCCUCAUGGGAAUAUACUAAGAACCUUUAUUGGGAAAAAGAAUGUUGACCGUUCACUAGAAGCUCUUGUUGAAUUUGAAAAUGUUGAAGAGGCUAGGGCAGCCAAAGAGCAGCUUGAUGGUGCUGACAUAUAUUCCGGUUGUUGUAAUCUUACGGUUGCAUAUUCCCGUCUUCAACGCGUUCAUGUGACUCAGAACGAUAGUGAGUCCUGGGAUUUUACUGGUCCAAGUGGCAAUUUAGAAGGACCCCUGAACAAUUCUUCCACUCAGCGUACGCUACUUGGCUCAGUAGCUCCGCCCCCAAAUUCAGCCGUAGCUCCUGCAAUCUUACCACCUCCUGCAGCCGCCCCAUUCCCACAAGUGUCUCCGAUGUAUGGCGCACAACCCUACCCUCCCUCCCAAACACCGAUGGGUUACUAUGGAGUGGGUCCACUUAUUCCUCCGGCGUGCGCUGUCCCUGCCGUGACACCGUUUGCCUCUCCAUAUCCAGGUUACUGGCAACCUAAUAUGAUCCCGGCUGCUGGUAUCCAGUCACUCAGGCCACAAGCUUCGACUGGUUUCACACCACCAUCACAAAUCAUAAUACUUCCAACCCCUCCUUCAGUUCAUCAAGUAAAUGCUAGCGGAAUUGGGAUUGGUCAUUCAACAUCAAACCUAUCUGUAUCAACUCCGGCUGCUCGUCAAUCGGACUUGUCAGUUUUUGAAGCUAUUGAAGGUGUAGUUUUAAUGGCCAGCAAUAUACCACAGCGCAUGAAUUGUGAUCAUCUGUUCAAUUUAAUUUGUCUGUAUGGUAAUGUUGCACGGAUUAAGUUCCUGAAGACACGCCCUGGCUAUGCAAUGGUUCAAGUCGGAAACCCAGAAACAGGUGACCUCAUACAUCGAUACUUCAGUGGAGUGUGUGUGUUUGGUCAAGUUAUUCAGUUUCAUCACAGCAAGGUGACGGAGCUUAAGGAACAUGAAAAUCUGGGGACAUUGGCUGAUGGGUCACCAGUUAUGAAAAACUACAUGACGGACCCCAACAACCGCUUCCGAAACUCAAUGGUGGCUGCCAAAAGCAGAAUUCUAGAACCUUCUCGCACACUUCAUUUCUUCAAUGCCCCCCUUAAUUUUAGUCCAGAUGACAUUUGCCGAGUGUUCUCAGAUUGUGGUGCCACACCUCCACCCCGUGUUGUAAUAUUCACUUCUAAAGCAGGUCAAAAAACUUCUCUUGGUAAGUUCUGAUAAUGAUUAACUGAGCAUAUAGUAUAUUUAUCCCUAUUGACCAGUUAUUUAUCAAUAAUCCUGAACACAAGCUUAGUCAUAAGUGUUUUUUUCAAUGUAAUGAUUAGAUUACUAUGUGCAUGAUUGAAAGUUUAACUUGUUAUAAAUAUUACGACUGUUAUACUGAUUACACCUGUACACAACACUACUAUCCGUUAGUCAGCUCUAAAAUAAGUAGUGCUUUGCUGAUCCUCAGGAUAACAAUUGUUUCCAAAACGCGAAGUUUGUUAUGUUCUUUUGUUCCCAUGAGGAGCUGAAAAUUCACUGAUCUGUACUUGAUAGCGGAAUUCCGUCAGAAUCUUCAUACUUUGUCUAGUGCGUAGCACAUUUCAUCAGCACUAUGAAUUGUAUCGGUCUCUUGUUCAAUUCCAAAAAAUGUCCCAUUUGCGUUUAGUUCACUAAGAGGUAAAACACUAGUUUGUAGUCUUUGGCUGCUGAAAAGAAAGAUUAUAAGCAGUAUGAAGCUAAUUUUUCAGUGUAUGUAAUGUAUAACUGUACAUCAGCCGAUAAAAGCUUCGUAAGGUAUGCUAAAUGCGACUGCAAAUACCUAACAUUCCAAUAUUUUGUUACAUAUAACUAUGGAGAAUACUUAUUUCGGAUGGUAGUUUUCAGUGAUUAUUUUGACAUGGAAAUCCUUGUUAUGGUCUUUGGCAUAUUGGUGAGUGCCAUGUAUAUAUUGGUCCCAAGUUUGACGAAAUACGUCGACCUCAUAAACGGGAUUGACUACCAACUUUUUGACCAAGGGUCGAUGAAAGGUUACUAACUUUAAAGGUGCAAGGAAAAGAUAACUAGACGUUCGCUUGAAGCUUAAAGUAAAAUUAAUCAGUUUGGGCACCAAGUAACUCUCAGUGAGAAUAAUUGGAAAAUAGACAAAUCAAUGUGAAAAUAUUGUAGGGCUUUCCACCAACCCAUAAGUAUCUCUACUUUAAGUAGUAGUAUUCCCACUCAACUAAGUAGAAGCCUAUAGGCUCGUCGGAGAAAAGGGUCUUGCGAAGAGUGCGCGACUGGAAAGUAAAUGGACGCGUUUAAGGUUCAUGGUACGUGUAAUUAGAAAAAAUCGAUAUCUACGGUGAGGCAGACACAUUGGAGUAUACACUAUGAAGUGCAGACAGACGCAUCAUAAUCUACACUUUCUUAUCACUUUCGAAGACUUAAUUAUUUACUUAAACACCGAUAUUGGUAUAAGAAGGCACCAAAUAUAUACACGCCACAUAAUUCACUCAAUUUAUGUGAAGGCUGUCAUCAGUAAGAGUAUAGGAUAUUCGUAGCUUACUAGUAUUUGAUCAUAAGUGUCUUCGAAACAUUGUUCGUAUAUCUUGGGACGACCGGAUAAGUAACACAGUUGUUAUGAAACGGGUACCAGGUAAAGAAGGCAAAUCAACUGAUGAAGUGGUGAAACUUCAUCAGUUGAGAUGACUGGGACACGUGUUACGUAUGCCCAACCACCGACUGCCUCGACGCGCGAUGUUUUGUGUUGCAGGAGUAGGUUGGAAGAAAGCUGAGGGCGGCCAGACCAAAACAUGGCACAAAUCCUUGAAGUCACUGACAAGUGAACUGAGUCAUAUCGGUAUGUGUAGACUACCUGGUUGGGGACCGCAAGAUGAUAGCAACCGAUGGCUAGAGACCCUGAAUGACAUGGCUCAAAAUCGUUUACAAUGGCGCAGGUGCAUCCAAUCCUUUGUGUUCUCUCAAAUUCUAAUCUUCCGAACUCUUCAUGUCCCUGUUUCCCUCUUUCGAAAUUUAUUUCACUGGAUUAUACUCCUUGAGUAACAUCUUCAAACCCUAAUCUUUCCGAUUACUGCUUAAACUCUUACUACCUCUACCACUACGGGAUUUAAAUCGACAACUGCAUCUUUGUGCUAAUGCGGCAUGGCAACUCGAACUGAUGUACGUGCGUACGAAGUUCCACGUUGUUACUGUCUGACUGACUGACGUGAAGGCUGAGAUACUACCUAUGUGCAAAAACCGAGUCAGGUGGUUUUACUAAGGGGUUACACCGCAAGCGUUUGACCUAGAGGUCUAAUUCACAUGGUAAUGGAUCAACGUUAGGCAAUAUAGUCCCAUGGUAUCCGGUUACCAACAAUAGUUUCGUACUACAUUAGUUCCCUCACGAUCCUGGAUCCCGUGUGACCAUUGGUUUGGAAUCAGGGAUUUCCAAAUCCCCUAGGUAGAUUCUCGGAAUCUACCAACCCGGUUAAAGCGACAGACAUUCGCUUUUUGUCCUCUUAAUUUCGUAAAGAACAUUAAUACCACGAGAAGGCAGUGAGUAGGACUUCCCUUGUAGUGGUUGUAUCCACGUGGACAUGUGAGAGCAUUUCAUGAUGGAGAGCUGACUCUACCCUCGACUAUAUCAGGGCACUUGAGGGCUCAAACUUCGAAAAGCGUUGUGAGCUAUAAUGAACACACCAGUAUAGAACGUAAAACCGCCGCAAGUAGGCAUUACAUGUAUAUUCGGAAUGCACAGAUAGAAACCUGUACAUUCCAUAGUAUACACAUACGUAUAGAUGCGAUCACCCCAGACCAAGAAUGGUUGUAUGCCUAACGUAGUGUAGUAUCUAGUUUUCGUAGCCUAUAUGUGUACUUUCACUGGUCUUGUACAUAGUCGAACUUUUGUGAAGUAUCCAAAAGUUAAUAAAUUAGGGGUAUUAAAAACGUGUCUAGUUAUUGUCGUGCUUGUUUGCCUAUGUGUUACUGAAUAAUAACCAUAUUUGACAAGAUUCUAUAAAUCAGUGUAAAUAGAAAACAAGUUAACAUUCGAUUAUAUGAAUAGUAGUUUAUUUGUCUCUACAUCUACUUGACUCCCGCAUAUUUGUAUUAAAUUCCAGUUUUUGUACAUUAAAGUGUUCUCUUCAGGUGAUUUCCGACGAGGAACGUCAAUCAGUUAGUCAAUGUGUAAAACCAUUAAGUCCAAACUUUAUUAUAAAUAUCCAAUAUGAAAAAUGACUGAAUGUAAGUUUUUAUUUCUCUUGGACAGGAUUGGUAGAAUGGGAUACGUUGACUGAGGCUCUUGAGGCCCUCAUUUUGGCAAAUCACCGGCCAGUUCACUUAUCUGGAUACGCUCAUCCUUUUCAUCUAAAAAUUGCCUUUAGCCCGAAACCUAUAUCAGAUGACAGAGCUGGCAUUUCGCUGAUACGUUAUCCUGCACCUCCUUUGAUGCCCGGACACCAUGGAUCGUUGGCGAUAAAUGGUCAGCGAAAUGACAAGGCUCCUGGUGGCGGUUCUAAUGGGGAACAAGAGGAUGAAUUAGAUAUUCUGUCGAAAAUGGAGAAAGCCGAAGGUUGUGCAAAGCCCGAAUCAAAGAGUGACUCGGCGGAUGCUAAAUCUGAUUCGACUAAAUUUCCAGAAGAUGAAUCCAAUGGUGCACCAAAUUCGUCGGGAGUGACCGGAAACGAAACUUAGACGUGCGAUAGCGAACUGAUAUAUUUCAGUAUAUUUAACACCCGCGUUUCAUUAUGCUUAGCUUAUUAAUGGCCACUUGCAAAUGAGUAUGUCGUUAUUCUGUGUUUUUUUUCAUGCGUAUAUAUGUCAUGUAGAUGAUUAUCUCAUCAUGGUCACAACUAUCAUGUUUAUUAUGUUUGUAAUAGAUCCUAAUAUUUUUAUGUGGCAGUAGCCUUACAUAUUUUAUAAAGUUAAAUAAUAAAUAAUUUGUUCGUUUUGCUCUUUCCACUGCUUAGCAUAUGGUAUAUUUAUGUUGUAUUUCUAUUUGAGGAAUCAGGUCCCAUUAAGUUGUAUUGAUGGUAUCAUGUCUCCCGAUCAUUAAAUUCAUUAAUCCAUUCAUGUCUAAUUAUAAAGUCAACCACUUUAAAGCUUUACUUUUUAUGUGCUUAUAUAAUCACUCAUGUUUAUUUUAGUCAUUGUUUUAUUGGCAUAAAACAUAUCCUAAAUGAAAUAUUAAUUUGUUCUACGAAACCCUAAGACAUUUUACUAUAUAAAACAAAUGUUUUGAUAUAUAUAUACAUAUAUAUAUAUAUAUAUAUAUAUAUAUAUAUAUAUAUACAUAUAUAUUAUGUGCCUUUAUUUGUUUUAUGUCUGGUUAGGCCAGUUAGGCUCAUGAUUUGUGCAAUAUUAUAGGUUGUUAUUAUUAUGCCGUUUAUGUAGACCCUCGUUUGUAGUUGAUUUGGUUAAUUUCAUCGUAUGCCCCCCCCCAGAUAAUAUAAAGGGUUGCAUUGUGAUUACCCACAUUACUUUGGCGAUACUAUAAACACAAUUCAAUUAUUGCGUUCUAUGGUUGCCAGUUUCAGAAUCUCAUGGUAAAUGACAUUUGAAAACUGAUAUUUAUCUCCUUGUUGUAAUUUCUUUUAUUGUGAAAUAUUUCUGAUUUAGAUCAAAAAAGAAAUUCAAGUAAUAAAUUAUUCCUUACUUGCAAUUACACAUAAAUGGAUUCGGGUGGUUAAUCUUAAGUAUGAAAUCCGUUUCAAGUGCAAUCUCCGAGUAGUUUAAUGCUAUUAUAUAUGGAAUGAUUAACACAUGGUGGGGUUGUUACACGUAGAAGAAUGUAUUGUUAUUUCUCGUAUUCAUCGAUUAUGAGACCUGUGACACAUCCGUUACUUAGAAAACGCAGCGACAUGAUGGAAUGCUUUCUUCGUAUGUGAGAAUUCACCACGUCGUGGUAGUGUGCCCGGAAUUUCCGGUGUUGAUAGUGAUUAUAAAACGUUCUGAGCGCACAAGUAAGGUUAAUCUAUGUAUGCUAGAAGCCAGAGCGACUUGUACUAAUCUGGGGUUAUCUGUGAUGUCGUCGUGCUAUUAGUCCAGCUGUAAAAUCUAUUUCCAUUCAUAAGGACACGAGCAAGAGGAAGACCAUCGGAAAUACCCAUAUUAAUUGAGGGGCGCAACAAAAGGAGAGGGGUGUGGAAUUUUGUCAGUUUGCCGUUUUUCAUUUUGGAUAUCAAAUGUAGCCGUAAAGUUCCAAGUAAACAACACGUCAAUGAAAGGUAUUGUACUACCUGUUUAAGAAAACUGCCAUCCGAGAUCAGAGUGUCGAGUGACUAUGAUUAAUCAUCUGUCUGCGAAAGGUUGUUCACACUUAAUAGUAACUGCGUCUGCUUAGUGUUCAGACACUCGAUAAUCCAAUUAAUGUCACAAUCUUGAAACACUGAAUUCUGGGCUUAGUACAUGUCAGAAAUAUUUCUAAUGAAAAUUAAAAGUAUUAGUUUGUUAAUUCAACUUCUAUCUACACUAAUAUAUGGUACUUUGCCCGUUUGUUU